UUGUAACCUCGCGGCAAACACUGGAGAUGAAUGAAGCCACUAGCUUGCAAUUAGCGCGCGACAACAAAACUACAGCAGAUUAACUGGCACUAGUGCGAUGGAACAAUUUGUCAGAAGUGAUUGAUUUUUGACAAUUGGGCGGUGUGCAGAUGACUCACCGUUGUGGAGUGUACCUUGUUUCGCUAACCAGGACAGCCAUGCUAAUAACAACAGUUAGCUAGCAUGCACGGGAAGGAGUCACUUCAGGAUCUAAAACUGUCUUAGUCAACUGAAUAUCCACCAACCAGCUUCAAAGGGCAGAGGAAACACUGUCACCAUGUACCCUAACAACCCCAUGAAGUCCAGCAGCAGCAGCAGCAGCAGCAGCAUCACUGAGCUGCUGGGCGCCCUGUGUGACUCCAGCCUGACCGGGGUGUCAUGGAAACGCCGUGCCCUUGGAGGAGUCUCCAGAGAAGGUUUCCGCAGAGCUCUCAAGAAACGAGCCUAUGGUGCCCUGUUGUCCAAACUUUUUCACGAUGGCACCAAAGGUUCCGCCCCGGGACCGAGCGCCACAGCGAACACGCCGCCCAGGAACAGAGUCCUGAUGAUAUGCUUCGACUUGCGGGUGGCCGGCUGCAGAGAGGAAGCAGAGAGGUUGGAGGAGCAGCUCGAGAGGCUGCCGGAGGGAGCGUCCUCCGGCGUGAAGGAAGUAGACGCAGUCUUGGAGCUCCUGGUGCACCUUGCUGGUUCGGCACCUCCGCCGCCUACCUCCUUCAGCAGAGACUACAUGAGACGAGAGAGGCAAGUGCUGCGGAGGCCUGAACCGUGGGGCUACCAGAGCGAGGAGCUUCAAAGGCUGGAGGCCAGGGCGUGGGGUCUAGUGUGUCAAGAGGAAUGGGGAAAUCUGGACAGUUUGUGUGGGACUCAGAGAUUGAUGGAUGCCCUUCCAGGCACAGGACUGCUUCCUCCGAGGACUAAAUUGGAAGCGGAAGAAAGAUUUGAGAGGGAUACCAGACUGACGCUGUUUGGAGCGCUGCAGCACACACGCACCUCAGACCUAGACAUAAGACUGGACCUGCCUCCUGUUCCCAGUAAUAUUGAUGUGACAGGGCUUUCUAUAAGGGUUCCCUCCAGUUUGGAUCAAUCUGAGGACGAGGGUUUCCAGUCUUCUUCCAACCUGACCCCAGACUCCCAGUCAGAGCCUAGCCCCAUCCCAGACUUCGACAUUUGGGAGGCUCUCCGCACAUUUGAGCCUGGGCGACGCCGCUGCUGGGAGUCUGUCGGUUGCCCACCAGGGAAAAGGGAGUCCCUCUAUCUAACGGAGGGCGGCAGGGUGGCUUUUGACCAACUGUAUCGUCUAUGGGAGGGCGAGCUGAGGGUGGUCAGCACCGGUACGCCCUCUCCUCUCGUCCCGCUGCCCCUGGACUCUCAGAGACAGCUGGUAUCUGACCUUCUAAACGUCUUGAUCGGAGUGGCAUCCACAACCUUCCCCCUUAAUCAGAGUGUUCAGUUCGAUGUCAGACCUGGAGUGUGCGUGUCCGGAGCCUCUAUGGAAAGUGUGUCUCGUCUUUUAGGGGAGCUGGCACAGUAUGGUACCUACUACCUGAGGCUCAGCCGCUUCUCUCUGCAGAGCGCUGACAAGAAAGGCCUCGUCUUCCAGGCUUUUACUGGUGGUCUGCGGAAGUAUCUGCACUACUACAGGGCUUGUGUUCUCAGCACUCCACCCACACUCAGCCUGCUGACUAUCAGCUUCCUCUUCCGUAAAGUGGGCCGCCAACUAAGGUACCUGUCAGAACUGUGCUGCUUAGAUGGGCCUUUGGGUGCAGGCCAGGGUACCUUCCCUGUGGGUGUUAAACUGCUCUCCUACCUGUACAAUGAAGCACAGAACAACUGCAGCAACGAGAACUAUCCGGUGCUGCUGUCGCUGCUGAAGAGCAGCUGUGAACCAUACACACGGUUUGUCACUGACUGGGUGUACAGUGGCGUGUUUCGAGAUGUUUAUGGAGAAUUCAUGAUCCAGGUCAAUGAGGAGUUUCUGGGCUUUCGAGACAAACAUUUCUGGGUCCAGGGGUACACUCUCAUCUCGAAGGAUGUGGAGGAAUGUGUGCCCCUCUUCCUGCGACACAUCGCCAACGACGUAUACGUCUGUGGAAAGACCAUCAACCUCCUCAAGAUCUGCUGCCCGCAGCACUACAUCUGCUGGUCGGAGCUGCCGGUGCCUCGCAUCGCCGUCACCUUUUCUCUCCAGGAGGUGGAGGUGAUCGAGAGGGACUGUGCUGUGUACCGGGGACGCCUGGAGAGGAUCGCUAAGCACAGCGCCAUCAGCAGGGAGGAGCAAGCUCAGCGAGCAGAGCAGGCACGCCAGGAGCUGAUCAAUCAGGUCAGAGAGUCGGCAGCCAAAACCCUGGAGAGCAUCCGCGGGCGGCAGGUGUCACAGCGUCUGGCUGAAGAGGCCAAGAAGAGGGAGCGUUUUGAGGAGCUGAAACAGCACCUGGAGCAGGAGCAAGAGUGGCGGAGUGUAGCCAGGAGGAAGCAGGAGGAUGAUGACUUCAGCUUUGCCAGAGAGGUGAGGGACCGAGAGAAAAGACUACAAGCCCUGGAGGAGCAACUGGAGCAGAGAGCCAGGAAGGAGCUGAUUGCUCAGUACAGCCAUCUGUCGGAGGAAGCCGCUCGCAGAGAAAGGCGGGCCAUGUGGCGGGUGCAGCGAAUGAGACUUCAUGAAGCCCGGGCUCAGUUCUUUAUUCAUGACGGGAAGCAGACUCAGGCAAUGCUGGAGAAAUAUCCUUUAGGCCAGGAGAGACCUCCCAUGGAAGCACUACCAUCUGUUCACUCAGUGCAACAGACUGCACCACAGCCAACGCUGGAGGAUCUUUCUGAGCAGCAGCAUGCAGAGCCUCAAGAACCUGAUACGAUGUCACCACCGUCUCACCUUACAUUAGACCCAAACCUCAUCUCUGAGAACAUUGACGUCAAUGAUUUUCUCCCCAAGUCGCCAAAUCCUGACAGUCAGCAGGUGGAUGUGGCCCUGCAUGAGAUUGGAUCUGAUCUACCUGAAGUGUGUCCCACAGCACAGUUGGUAGACUAUGACUUUAACGCCCCCUUUAGUCCACUGGAGGGUAUCACCGGCCAAGUCUCUGCCCCGCCCCGGCCUCGCUGGGGACCUGCAGUCCAGCCUGACCACCCUUCUUUUUCUCACAUCCAAGUAGGAGAGAAUGUGUCUGAAGUUCAGGAGACUGUCCCCAAAGCCAGCUCCUUCGGUCAAGCCACCAAAUCCAGCUUUCCUUUGGGCCAAUACACCUUAGAAGGGACUCAAAAAACAUCUAAAGCAAACACUUAUGGACAUCCGUCUCAAGCGUCAGUGCAGCUAGUGGAUAGUAGUGGCUCAAAGACUGACGACAAACAAGCAGAUGCUGCAUCUAAGACAGAAGAGAAGUCUGAAACAGGGACCUCCAGGAGUAAAGACGACGUAAAGGAAGACGAGAGAACUAUAGAAGUUAAUGUUGAUGAUAUUGAACCAGCUGAUCACAGCUUAGUUGCUCAAGAUAAAGCCAGUGAACGCAUUUCUUUGCCAAACAUUCAUGUCUCUGAUGCAGACCUUAAAGCUGGAGAGCUGGUGUCAGAUGCUGUUGCUACACAGCCUUCUCCGAGCAGCCAUGGUCAUUCUUCUGAUGCUCACAUAAAAGUUGGACAGUUUACAUCAGAGAUAACGACGUCUCUUCCUUCCUCAAACGCGCACGGUCAUUCCUCAGAUUCACACAUCAAGGUUGGAGAACGUGUUUCCGAGGUGGAUUCUCCUCUAUUUUCCCAGAGUGCUCAUGGUCACUCCUCUGAAGCUCACAUUAGAGUUGGAGAAAACGUUUCAGAUUCCGUCUUCCCUCUCCCUUCUCAAAACGUCCACGGUCACGCCUCGGAUUCCCACAUCAAAGUCGGCGGACAUGUUUCCGAUGUAGGCGCCUCUCUUCCCUCCCCCAGUGUUCACGGUCACGCCUCAGAUUCCCACAUUACAGUUGGAGAAAAUGUCUCUGACUUUGUCGCGCCGCUUAGCGCUCCGAGCAUCCACGGUCACUCCUCUGAUGCUAAUAUAAAAGUAGGCGAGUAUGUGUCUAACAUAACUGAAGAUAGACCUCGUUGGAGUCAACAUGGGCACGCCUCCGACGGCAUCCUUCAGUCAGGCUGUGUGGUAUCUGGAGAUGAACCCGCCUUGUCUGCUCUACCAGGAAGCUCUUAUGGACACUCCUCAGACUCAGCUUUGGGUCUUGGGUGUUUAGUUUCAGGACAUGAACCCAAACGUUCUCCUCUACCUGGCAGUGCUCAUGGACAUUCUUCAGACUCAGCUUUGGGUAUCGGAUGUUUAGUCUCAGGAAAUGAACCCAGACGUUCUCCUCUACCUGGCAGUGCUCAUGGACAUUCUUCAGACUCCAAUUUAGGUGUCGGAUGUGUUGUGUCAAAAGCUGAUACCGCUCAAUCACCUUUACCGGGCAGCGCGUACGGCCACUCCUCGGACUCAGCGCUGGGUGUGGGUUGUGUGGUGUUGGGGACGGAGCUGCAAGCCGCUGCGCUACCAGGCAGCAUGUAUGGCCACUCAUCAGAUUCUACACUUGGAGUCGGGUGUGUGGUGGGGGGUAAAGGUGGUGAAACUCAGCAGAAGGCAGAAAGCAAUGAAGAUGGUAAAGGUGCUCAAAGCUUCAGCGAGCAGCUGGCCGAGAGCAUGGGGUCCUGGGCAGCUGGCUUUGCUUUGACCCCUGGAGAGAAGUCGGAGCAGGAUUACCUCUUAGCUUUGUCUGCACAUUACCAGGUGGAACACUACGAGGACUGCUACAACCUAAUGGCUUCUUCCCCCGAGUGUCAGCUGCUGAAGCAGGUAACUCGGGGUCCCUGGGGCCUCCCAAUGGACCCCACACUCCGCAAAGCCACAGACACCACGGCUGUCCAACUCAGCGAGAUGGUCUCCCUGCCAGUUCUGAUAAAACACUCGGUCACCGCCCCGCUCAUCACACAUGUGUCUCUGGUGAACAAGGCUGUGGUGGACUACUUCUUUGUGGAGUUGGGGGUGGAGAGACACUUUGAGGCGCUGCGCCACUUCCUGCUGAUGGAGGAUGGCGAGUUUGCUCAGUCGCUCAGUGAUCUGCUCUUUGAAAAGCUGGGGAGUGGACAGACCCCCGGCGAGCUGCUGACCCCGCUGGUCCUGAACUCCAUCCUCAGUAAGGCCCUGCAGUACAGCUUACAUGGAGACACACCUUUAGCAAGCAACUUCACCUUCGCCCUGCGCUUCCUCCCGGAGACCUUCCAUCCACACGCCCCCGACUCCCUCAACUGUCUGGAGCUGCGCUACAAGGUGGACUGGCCGUUGAACAUCAUCAUCACGGACAGCUGCAUGAACAAGUACAACCGUCUGUUCUCGUUCCUGUUGCAGCUCAAACACAUGGUGUGGAGCCUCCGCGAGGUCUGGUUCCACCUCAAGAGAACAGCGCUGGUGAAAGGCGCCGGCCGCUCGGUGCAGUUCCGUCAGCUGCAGCUGUACAGACAUGAGAUGCAGCACUUUGUCAAAGUGAUACAGGGAUACAUCGCUAACCAGAUCCUGCAAGUGUCCUGGAGCGAGUUCACGGCCAAGCUGGCCACGGCCAGUGACCUGGACGCCAUCCACCGCACACAUGCAGACUACCUCAACAGAGCCAUCUUCAGAGGUUUGCUGACAGAGAAAGCUGCUCCGGUCAUGAACAUCAUCCACAGCAUCUUCAGCCUGAUCCUCAAGUUCAGGGCCCAGCUGAUCGCACAGCCCUGGGACAGCCAGCAGGGGGAGGCGGUGCACCCCAGCUUCAUCGCCAUGCAGCAGUCCUACAACACCUUCAAGUACUACUCCCACUUCCUCUUCAAAGUGGUGACUAAGCUGGUGAACAGAGGCUACCAACCUCAUCUGGAAGAUUUCCUGCUACGAAUCAAUUUUAACAACUACUACAAAGACUCCUGAGCGAGGACCGCUGCUGUAAGUGUUCAAUGAGCUUAGCCUGAAUAAUACACACAAUACAGGCUGUUUAAAAAAUAGUCAGCAAUGCAACAUUGUGUACAUGAAUGCUAAUAUUUUUAAGAAUCUCACAUAAGUGUGUUUAAGAAAGAAGACAGAUUUGAAAAAAAGUGUUUUUCAUCGCCUUUUAAAGAAAGGAAAAUGAAUACCCACCUGUACUGAAUAUCAGGGCAUGGAUUGUAAAUCACAACCUCUUCUAAAAAUCGAUGUGCAGGACAUUCACAGCAUGUAGCUUUACAUUAAAAAUGAUGUGCUGCCAAAGUCUGUAAGUGUGAUAAGCUGACACCGUGUGUAAUGUCCAAAGUGCUCCAGCAUGCCUCCAGCCCUGUGUGUAUAAAUGUAAUGUCGAUUACAUGUAAAUAAAAGAGCUAAUGUUGCCUUUAAUAACA